CUAGUUUGUCUCAUUCCCCUGUCAGUAGAGGGAGAAGAUGGCUGUAAACAUCCCUGGGGUGAUUGCUGUUGCUGUGUUUUAUAUGAUCAUUCUGGCAACUGGAAUAUGGGCAUCUCGAAGGGCCAAGCGAGAGGAGAAGAAAAGCACUGGCACAGGGACAGAAGUUGCCCUGAUCGCUGGUCGAAAUAUCAAUAUUUUUGUGGGAAUUUUCACAAUGACGGCAACAUGGGUUGGAGGAGCCUACAUCAUUGGAACCGCUGCAACUGUCUACAACCCUAAAAAGGGCUUGAUCUGGGCUUUAAUGCCCCUGGAUUUUAUGCUUAAUUUUCUGUUAGCUGGUAUUUUCUUUGCUAAACCACUGAGAGAAAAGGAGUAUGUAACUAUGAUGGAUCCCCUCCAGCUGAAAUACGGGAAAACCGUGACCUGUAUUCUACUAAUUCCUGCAGUGAUUGGUGAUAUACUGUGGGUAGCAUGCACCACGGCAGGUUUAGGAGGAACCAUAAGUGUGAUUCUGGAUUUAUCAUCUUUCUACUCAAUAUGCUCUUCAGCCACUGUGGGCAUAACCUAUACACUUCUCGGGGGAAUGUACUCUGUGGCCUACACUGAUGUCAUACAGCUGAUGUUCAUAUUUGUUAGUAUGUGGCUGUGUGUUCCAUUCAUGAUGCUGAAUCCAGCCUCCACUGACAUCACACUCACAGCAUUCAAUGGGACCUUCCAAGCUCCUUGGGUGGGAACAUUGGAGCCAGGGGAUGUGGGGUUGUGGAUAGAUGAAUUUCUGGUUCUGAGUCUUGGAGGUCUGGCCUAUCAAUCCUUGCACCAGAGAAUUUUGUCAGCAUCAUCGGUCAGAGAUGCCCAGGUCAUGUGCUUUGCUGCAGCAGGUUUUUCAUUCAUCAUGGGAAUUCCUUCAGUACUUGCUGGGGCAGUGGCUGCAUCAACAAACUGGAACAUGACCAGUUAUGGUUCUCCCACCCCCUAUGACCGUGAAGAAGAUCCUAAAAUUCUCCCGAUCGCUCUGCAGCACCUUACUCCCAACUACAUCUCCAUCUUGGGGAUUGGGGCUGUAGCAGCAGCUGUGAUGUCAUCCAUGGACUCUUGUCUCCUGUCCUCCGCUUCCUUAUUUAGCAAAAAUGUCUAUAAAACAUUGAUUAGAAAGCAGGCUUCUGACCGAGAGCUGCAGUGGGUGAUCAAGAUCUCAGUGGUGGUGGUUGGGCUGGCAGGAAUGGGGCUGGCCUUCUUAGAGGACAGUGUGGUGCCAUUUUGGAUCCUCAGUACUGAUGUGGUGUACACUGGGAUUCUGCCCCAGCUCAUCUGCGUUAUAUACUUCCCCAUCUCCAACACAUACGGUGCUGUGGGGGGUUUCAUUGUGGGACUAAUGCUGAGAGUGCUGAGUGGGGAACCUCUAUUCCACUUGCCCCCUGCCAUCCACUUCCCUGGCUGCAAGCUCAUUGAUGGCGUCUAUGUCCAGCACUUUCCCUACAGAAGUCUGGCAAUGCUGCUGUCAUUGUGUGCCACCAUUCUGAUCUCCUAUGUAACGUCCCUGCUGUUUGAAAGAUCCAUUCUGCCGAAGAGGUGGGAUUUAAGGCAGGUUGGGACUGACAGUGCACCUUAUAUCUGUGUUAAUGAAAAAGCUAAUGCUGAUAACAAACAGCCUGUUGCUUCAGAUCAACUGCUUGAUACAAACUGUUAGAGCGGUUGGUUUUUCAAAAUGCAUAUUAUCAUUCUCGUGAUGCAAGAAACAUCAAAUAAAUUAUUU